UGGUAGUGUGCUGUUGCAGGGGUGUGUGUGGCGUGUGUGUUAGUCCCUGUGUGUCUGCGACACCGAACGACCCGCCGAUAUACAAGACACAGCCGCACACAGCUGUGGGGUUCCGGAGCUGAUUCCUUCGUGACAGAACGGGUUUAACCCGACUUGAGCCGUCGCCAUGACGACGGACAUCUCAAUAGUUCGGUGGGAUCCGAGCCUGCAACAGGAAAUAGUAGAAGACUAUGAAUACGACGGCGGGAACUCCUCUUCGAGGCUGUUUGAAAGAUCACGCAUAAAAGCCCUUGCAGACGAGCGAGAGAGUGUACAAAAAAAGACCUUCCAAAAAUGGGUGAAUUCGCAUCUAGUACGGGUAUCGUGUCGUAUCAGCGACUUGUAUGUGGACUUGAGAGAUGGCAAAAUGCUCCUGAAACUUCUGGAAGUUUUGUCAGGCGAGCGCCUUCCUCGUCCAACCAAGGGGAAGAUGCGCAUCCACUGCCUGGAGAAUGUGGACAAAGCCCUCCAGUUCCUGAGGGACCAGAGGGUCCACCUGGAGAAUAUGGGUUCACACGACAUCGUCGACGGAAAUCCGAGGCUCAGCCUGGGCCUCAUAUGGACCAUCAUCCUUAGAUUCCAGAUACAAGACAUAACAAUCGAAGAGACCGAUAACCAAGAAACAAAGUCGGCAAAGGAUGCACUCCUGUUGUGGUGUCAGAUGAAGACUGCCGGCUAUCACAAUGUCAACGUGAGGAAUUUCACAACGUCGUGGCGUGACGGUCUCGCUUUUAAUGCGAUUAUCCACAAACAUCGUCCAGACCUCAUACAGUUUGAAAAACUGUCGAAGUCCAAUGCAAUGUACAAUCUCAACAACGCAUUUAAUGUUGCUGAAGAGAAGCUUGGCCUAACAAAGUUGUUGGAUGCUGAGGAUGUCUUCGUGGAGCAGCCCGACGAGAAGUCCAUCAUCACAUAUGUCGUGACUUAUUACCACUACUUCAGCAAGCUGAAGCAGGAAACUGUGCAGGGCAAGCGAAUUGGCAAAGUGGUCGGUAUUGCCAUGGAGAACGACAGGUCCGCACAGGAAUACGAGUCACUGACAUCAGAUUUACUGCGCUGGAUCGAAGCGACAAUAGAGUCUCUCGGAGAUCGUAACUUUGCCAACUCUUUGGCCGGAGUGCAGCAGCAGCUGGCACAGUUCAAUACUUACCGCACUGUGGAGAAACCACCUAAGUUUGUGGAAAAAGGAAACCUCGAAGUGCUGCUGUUUACACUGCAGUCACGAAUGCGAGCAAACAAUCAGAAGCCGUACACACCUCGAGAAGGGCGCAUGAUCUCCGACAUAAACAAGGCAUGGGAGAGGCUGGAGAAAGCGGAGCACGAGCGAGAGCUCGCCCUCCGGGAGGAACUCAUCCGUCAGGAGAAGCUGGAACAGCUCGCAGCCAGAUUCAAUCGCAAGGCGAGUAUGCGAGAAACAUGGCUGUCGGAGAACCAGCGCCUCGUGUCCCAGGACAACUUCGGGUUUGACUUGGCUGCUGUGGAGGCAGCUGCCAAGAAGCACGAGGCUAUCGAGACGGACAUCUUUGCGUAUGAAGAACGUGUCCAGGCUGUCGUGGCUGUGUCACAGGAGCUGGAAGCUGAAAACUACCAUGACAUUGACCGCAUCAAUGCCAGGAAAGACAACGUUCUUCGUCUGUGGAAUUACCUCCUGGAGCUUCUCAGAGCUCGCCGUCUUCGCCUCGAGCUUUCUCUCCAGUUACAGCAGAACUUCCAAGAGAUGCUCUACAUAUUGGACUCUAUGGAAGAACUUAAGCUACGCCUGCUGUCAGACGAUUACGGAAAACACCUCAUGGGUGUGGAGGACCUCCUGCAGAAGCACUCUCUAGUGGAAGCAGAUAUAAAUGUGCUAGGCGAGAGAGUGAAGGCGGUGGUGCAACAGUCGCAACGCUUCCUCGACCAGGAGGCUGCCGAAGGCUACCGGCCGUGUGACCCGGCCAUCAUCGUGGAGAGGGUGCAACAGCUGGAGGACGCAUAUGCCGAACUCGUCAAGUUGGCUGUGGAACGGAGAGCGCGCCUGGAGGAGAGCCGCAAACUGUGGCAAUUCUACUGGGACAUGGCCGACGAGGAGAACUGGAUCAAGGAGAAGGAGCAGAUUGUCUCAACGGGAGAUAUCGGACACGACCUCACCACCAUCAAUCUGCUGCUUUCCAAACACAAGGCUCUGGAGAACGAGAUCAGCAGCCACGAGCCACAGCUCAUGUCUGUCGUGGAUGUCGGCCGGGACUUGGUCGGUCGGCAGCACUUCGGUGCUGCUCGUGUGCAAGAGCGGCUGGAUGAGAUUCUCGACUCUUGGAAUCACCUGCUCGAGCUGUCUGCCUACAGGCGCAAGAGGCUCGAGGAAGCAGUCGACUUCCACCAGUUCUUCGCAGAUGCAGACGACGUCGACAUUUGGAUGUUGGAUACGCUGCGGCUCGUUUCGAGCGAAGAUGUCGGCCGUGACGAAGCCAAUGUGCAGUCGUUGCUGAAAAAGCACAAGGACGUGACGGACGAGCUGAAGAACUACGCGGGAGCCAUAGAAGCCCUGCACCAGCAGGCAUCCCAGCUGGGAGAGCAGGACCGCCAGGCUCCACAGGUUGUCGAAAGGCUGGCCAGCAUUGACCACCGCUACAAAGAACUCCUGGAGUUUGCCAAACUCAGGAAGCAGCGGCUGCUCGACGCAUUGUCUCUGUACAAACUGCUCAGCGAGUCAGAUGGUGUCGGUCAAUGGAUAAGCGAGAAGGACCGCAUGCUCCAGACUAUGGUUCCAGUGAAAGACAUCGAGGACGUGGAGAUCAUGAAGCACCGCUACGAUGGCUUCGAGAAGGAGAUGAAUGCCAAUGCGUCCCGUGUUGCAGUUGUCAACCAGCUGGCUCGCCAGUUGCUGCAUGUGGAGCACCCCAACAGCGAACAGAUAGUUGCACGGCAGAACCAGUUGAACCACGAAUGGGCACAGCUACGAGAGAAAGCAGAAGCAAAGAAAGAGGAACUGAACUCUGCGCAUGGAGUGCAGACAUAUCACAUCGAGUGUCGGGAGACCAUGUCCUGGAUCGAGGACAAGAAGCGUAUUCUCCAGUCAACGGACAGUCUGGAGAUGGACCUCACUGGCAUUAUGACACUUCAGCGUCGGCUAUCUGGCAUGGAGCGUGAUCUGGCUGCUAUUCAGGCCAAGCUGGACUCCUUGCAGCAGGAAGCAGAGACGAUCGGAGCCGAGCACCCUGAGGAGAGGGAGCUGAUCCAGGAGAGGAUCGACCAGAUCAAGCUCGUCUGGGAGCAGCUGACACAGAUGCUGAAGGAGCGCGACGCCAAACUGGAGGAGGCGGGCGACCUGCACCGUUUCCUGCGCGACCUGGACCACUUCCAGGCCUGGCUGACCAAGACGCAGACCGACGUGGCCUCUGAGGACACUCCAGCAUCGCUGGCUGAGGCGGAGCAGCUGCUGAGCCAGCACCAGACCAUCCGCGAGGAGAUCGACAACUACAGGGACGACUACACCAAGAUGAUGGAGUAUGGAGAGCGCAUCACUGCCGAGCCCUCGACGCAGGACGACCCGCAGUACAUGUUCCUGAGGGAGCGGCUUAAGGCGCUGCGUGACGGCUGGGAGGAACUGCACCAGAUGUGGGAGAACCGGCAGCAGCUGCUGUCGCAGUCGCUUAACCUGCAGAUGUUCGACCGCGACGCCAAGCAGGCCGAGGUGCUGCUGGCCCAGCAGGAGCACGUGCUCAGUAAGGACGAGACGCCGACCAACUUGGAACAGGCAGAGAACUUGAUCAAGAGGCACGAGGCAUUCCUUACUACAAUGGAAGCAAAUGAUGACAAAAUCAACAAUGUAGUUCAGUUUGCAAGCCGCCUAUGUGACGAAGGACACUUUGCAGCUGACAAGGUUAGCAAAAAGGCAGACAGCAUCAAUGAACGGCGCCACGCAAACCGCAACAAAGCUCUGGAGCAGAUGGAGAAACUGAAGGAUCAGCUGCAGCUUCACCAGUUCCUACAGGAUUGCGAGGAACUGGGAGAAUGGGUGCAGGAGAAGACUGUAACGGCACUAGAUGACACGUAUCGCAGUGCCAAGACAGUGCACAGCAAGUGGACGAGGCACCAGGCUUUCGAAGCGGAGAUCGCCUCCAACAAAGACCGUCUCUUCAGAAUACAAGAGGCGGCAGCAGAGUUGAUGAAAGAGAAACCUGAACUUGCGGAACUCGUCGAACCGAAAGUGCAGGAGCUUGGCAACCACUUUGAUAAACUGGAGGAGACAACCCGAGAGAAGGGCGAGCGCCUCUUCGAUGCUAAUAGGGAAGUUCUCUUGCACCAGACAUGUGACGACAUCGACACCUGGAUGGACGAGCUUGAGAAACAGAUAGAAGGCCCGGACACAGGCUCAGACCUGGCUUCUGUCAACAUCCUCAUGCAAAAGCAGCAGAUGAUCGAAACACAGAUGGCUGUGAAGGCAAAGCAAGUAACAGACUUGGAAACCCAAGCAGAGAAGUUGCAGAAGACUGCUCCAGAGAAGAUGGGCGACAUUGUUGCCAAGAAGAUGCAAGUGGAGAAGAGGUUCGCCCAGCUGAAGCAGCCUCUGCUAGAGAGGCAGAGGCAGCUGGAGAAGAAGAAAGAGGCCUUCCAGUUCCGACGAGAUGUGGAGGAUGAGAAACUGUGGAUAGCAGAGAAAAUGCCUCAGGCAACAUCAACAGAGUAUGGAAAUAGCCUGUUUAAUGUGCAUAUGCUUAAGAAGAAGAACCAGUCAUUGCGCACAGAAGUGGAGAACCACGAACCACGCAUAAACCUGGUGUGUAGCAACGGGCAGAAGCUCAUAGACGAAGGACACGAGGAUACCGAAGAAUUUGCAGGUCGCAUCAAAGAGCUCCAGGAGAAAUGGCAAGCUCUCAAGGACGCCAUGGAGAAUCGGCGAAAGCACCUUCUGCAGUCGGAGAAAGCCCAACAGUACUUCUUCGAUGCAAGUGAAGCUGAAUCCUGGAUGAGUGAGCAGGAGCUGUACAUGAUGGUAGAAGACCGUGGGAAAGAUGAGAUUUCUGCUCAGAAUUUAAUGAAGAAACACGAGACACUGGAACUCGCAGUUGAAGACUAUGCAGAGACUAUUCGCCAGCUGGGUGAAACUGCACGGCAGCUCACGGCGGAACAACACCCAGACAGUGACCAGAUAAUAGUGAAGCAGUCUCAGGUAGACAAGCUGUACGCCGGCCUCAAAGACUUAGCUGGCGAGCGGCGUGCCAAGCUGGAGGAGGCUUUGCAGCUGUUCAUGCUGAACCGCGAGGUCGACGACCUCGAGCAGUGGAUAGCGGAGAGGGAAGUUGUUGCUGGCAGUCACGAGUUGGGCCAGGAUUAUGACCAUGUUACGCUUUUGUGGGAACGCUUCAAGGAGUUUGCUCGUGACACAGAAGCGAUCGGCAGUGAGAGAGUGUCUGCCGUGAACGGAAUUGCCGACCAGCUGAUUGGAGCAGGCCACAGUGACUCUGCCACCAUUGCAGAAUGGAAGGACGGACUGAAUGAGGCGUGGCAAGAUCUGCUGGAGCUCAUUGAGACAAGGAAGCAGAUGCUGGAAGCGUCGAGAGAACUGCACAAGUUCUUCCACGACUGCAAGGAUGUGCUGAGCCGCAUUCUGGAGAAGCAAAACUCGAUGUCGGAGGAGCUGGGUCGUGAUGCCGGUCAGGUUUCUGCCCUGCAGCGCAAGCACCAUACAUUCUUACAGGACCUGCAGACACUCGGUGGCCAGGUGGAGGCCAUUCAGGCAUCUUCAGCCAAGUUGCAGACGGCGUACGCUGGCGAGCGUGCCCGUGAGAUAACGGGUCGUGAGGCGGAGGUGGUGGGGGCUUGGAACGCCCUGCAGGCCCACUGCGAGGACCGGCGCCAGAAGCUGGGUGACACGGGCGACCUGUUCCGCUUCUUCUGCAUGGUGCGCACGCUCAUCCUCUGGAUGGAUGACGUCGUGCGUCAGAUGAACACAUCUGAGAAGCCAAGGGAUGUGAGUGGUGUGGAGCUCCUGAUGAACAACCACCAGAGCCUCAAAGCAGAAAUAGAUGCGAGGGAAGACAACUUUACCUCGUGCAUAUCUCUUGGCAAAGAGCUGUUGGCACGUAACCACUAUGCGAGUGCGGAAAUCAAAGAAAAGCUGUUGUCGCUGACCAAUCAGCACAAGUCUCUGCUCCACAGAUGGGAGGAACGAUGGCUUAACUUGCAGCUCAUCUUGGAAGUGUACCAGUUUGCCAGAGAUGCGGCCGUGGCGGAAGCUUGGCUGAUCGCACAGGAACCAUACCUCAUGAGUCAGGAAUUGGGGCAUACAAUUGACGAGGUUGAAAAUCUAAUAAAGAAGCAUGAAGCCUUCGAAAAAUCUGCAGCAGCCCAAGAAGAACGCUUCAGUGCGCUUGAAAGGCUUACGACGUUUGAAUUGAAAGAACUAAAACGCCGCCAAGAAGAGGAAGAGCGCAAACGUCAAGAGGAACUGGCUGCCAAGCAGACACCUCCACCUAGCUCUCCUGAUGAACAACCAUCUGAAAAGGUGGAUGGAGAAAUGUCACCAGAGGCUGAGCAAGUGCAAGUGAAUGGUGAGGAUACAGAGGCCAGAGAAGUGCAUGAAGUGGACACGGGAAUGGGAGCGGGAGCGGGCUACUCGGAGUCGGGCCGGCCGCCCACCCCCGUGCCGGACCCGGCAGUGCCCACAGCUCCGGUCCUCGUGCCCUCGCCUCCGCCAGCGUCUCCGGUGCGAACCGCACCCCCGACAACUACCCCUCGGCCCCGUCCGACAAAGGAGCCGGUGGCCGUCACAUCGCCGCCGGUGACGCCGGCCGGCCCGGGCGCCACAGCCAGCCUGGACAGGAAGAAAGACCGCUCGCGUUCCAAGUCACCUUUCCGCAGCCUGCGCUCGUGGCGCAGGUCUCCGAAGGCUGGCACGUCCGGCGCACACAGUGACGACGAGGGCACAUUGGAGCGCGCUGCAGCUGAGCGGCCCAGCCCAGGCGCAGAGGAGGAUCACAUGGAGGGCAACCUUGUGAGGAAACACGAGUGGGAAAAUACCACAAAGAAAGCAUCAAACAGGUCAUGGGACAAGGUGUAUGCAGUCCUCAGAGGUAACCUGCUAAUGUUCUACAAGGACCAGAAGACGUACAAGACAUCACCCGACACCUUCUUCAAGGGAGAAAGCCCAGUUGAUUUGCGUGGAGGUGCUUGCCAAGUUGCCUCCGAUUACACAAAAAGAAAGCACAUAUUUAGGGUGAAGCUGUCAAAUGGAGCAGAAUACCUCUUCCAGGCACGUGACGAUGAUGAGAUGAACACUUGGGUGUCUCGCCUGUCCCAGCAAUGCGAACGUGAUGCAUCUGCCGGCCCAUCACGCUCCCAGACGCUGCCUGCUUCUGGUGACCGCAAGGAUGAGCCCAAACGGCGUAGCUUCUUCACACUCAAGAAAAAUUAAUGGUAGUGUGUGAAGAAAGAAUCGGAAGGCUCGCCAGAGAGACUCUUCUACGGGUGCACCCAGAUUCCAUUAAAUGGAGCAGUGGUAUGCUGUGUUUAUUAUGCUUCAUCAGGGAUUCAACAUGCAGUCCACUUGGAAGAGAACACAUUCACAGAAUGUCUGCAAGGGAACAUGUAAGCGUGUUGCAUUAUGGAAGCCGUCACUUGCUUAAAAUGGAACAUUCACCACUUUAUGUAUUUUUGAAUCAUACUUUCAUGAUAUUUGGCAGUCAUGUUCAUGAAGUUAUAAGAAAAAGUGUUAAAGAGAACUUUUAAAAAUUAGUUUUAGUAGAGCAAACUCUACUCGGAGUACGUGAAUUGCAGGAUUAGCUGCCGAACUUCCAUUUGAUUCUCAGAUUAUGCUUUGGCUCACAUCUGUUUGUUGGUUUACCAACUUUCAUAGUGCAGUGAACUUUUCUGGUGGAAUGUGCUGGACAGCUUGGUUUAGGUUGCAGUUUAUUUUUAAUGAACAUGACUAUGGGUGAGCCAGGUAUACAUUCACAGCAUUAAUUUUCAUAUUGUAAAAAACUUUGCUUUAUUUUUUAUGAUUUCUUAGGCUUACAGUUAAAUGUUGGUCAUUAAAUUCAUCUUAAAACAAAAGUAUAUUGUGUAUAUAUAUAUAUAAAUAUAAAGAAUUUUUAUAUAUGCUUUUAUGUGGUAAAGUUUAUACUGAAAUUUGUGACUGCUUAUGGAGACAUACUUCAGCUGUAUCUUUAUUUUUAAUAUGUAAAAAAUCUUAUUUUAAUUGAACUUCUGGAGAACACAUGCAACUGAUUGUACAUAGAUCAUAGAGCCAUUGUUCCCAUAAAUUCAUUUUUGACAUAAAUGUUAAAAUUCUUACAAAAUUAUAGAUGCUUAUAAAAACUGUGUGUCAACAAAAAACUGUUUUUGCAUUUAAAUGUUAACAGUAAAUAGAAAUAAUUUUAAUUUCUUUACUAUAAUGUUAAUAAAAUACAGUAAUGUACCUUAUUGAACGUUAAAGCUAAUACAUGUAUUUUGAAACUGCCCAACCUUCUGGAAAAUGCGAAAUUGAUUGUGGAGACAAGCAGUCCAAAUUUUGUUUCCUUUUCUCAAUUAAUAUUAGCUUAUUUACAAUAAUCCUUCCAGUUGCAAGUUUGAAAAUGGGAUUCUACAUGUAUAGUGCCUUUUCUCAUUCCUCCCUCCAUAUUCAUCACAGGUUGAAUAAUUGGUUUUUAUUUCUUAUAUUCUAAAAUACUGGACAUCAGUGUGCACUCUGAUGGUUGGUAGCAUAUUUAUUUUCCUUGUGCAAGUGCAGUGUAGUACUGAUCUAAAAAUUAGGAACGGGGUACAGGCGAAGCCCCACAGACAAUGAAUGCAGGUUUUAAGAGACUGGCAUUAUUGCGCGUCUGUCAAAUACUUGUUUCUAUAUUUCAUUCAGUAAUAUGUAUAGAGUUACAUAGUGAAAGAAGCUUUACAAGCUAGUUAUAUUAACUAAUCUUGUAAAAAUUCAUACUUUUUUAUCAGAGUUCCUAUUCUACUCUCUGCCAGAGGUUUAUUAACAAUUCAAGAAUGAGGAAAUUGAGGAAGGUUUAGCAGUAGUACAACAUUUCUGGAUGAAAAUGUUCCAAAGCUACUACACUUGCACAAGCGAAAACAUUAAGUACUUUUAUCAUCUGUUUCCCUCUGGAUGAUGUAAUGUGUGAAGGUUUUAUACAAACUGUGAACACAGUUGAAAGAAGAGGAGAGAGAAAUGUAUAGUAAAUUGACAGGGGCUAUGCUGCACUAUUAAUUGCUGGAGUAAUGGAUACUAAUGGCAUUGGUGCUUUUUGUUGAACUGGGUGUAAAAGAAGUUGCAUUGGGUGCUGGCUGGGGAUGUACUGAACAGGGAAUAGCCUAGUGCCACAUACAAUGUAGAUUUGUUGUCCACUUGUCUACAGUAUGCUAGGCAUGACAGUCGUUCCUUGGUCUUUUUUUUUUAUAAUCAGUUCCCGUAUAACUGUCUAAUUUCAGAUUUGGAAUCUUGUGUGUGUCAGUGCGGAUAUCGUGGAAAAACGGUCAUCUCAAACAAAAUGUUUAAUUUUUUAUUUGUAUUGUUACUUAGCUUUGCUGGAAUAAAUGAAGUAUGUGAAUGUGUGAGUGGUUCAGAAUAAAUUUGCGGUUAUUACUUUAUUAGUUCAUGAUUGUGCACCAUGGCAGGCACGUUUUUACACUCGAAAAUGAGGUCUGGAUUUACAAACUCUUACUGAAACUUUUGAGCUCUAAUCUGACUGAAUGUUGUUUAUACUUGAGAAUAUUAUAAUCACUGCAUUCCUGCUAUUAAUCCAGGCAGGAGAAGAAAGUUUCACACAUAGUAAAGCAGCAUUGAGUAUUUUGAAGGAUACUGUAGCUUCUUUUUUGAACUUUUCCCUACAUCUUUAUGUAUUUGUCAACAACACGACAGAACUGAACUUUUGGCACAGGCUCGACACAGCACUCUCUCUCUCGCUCGCUCAUACUGUUGGCCACUAGAGGUGUGUCUUUCCUCAGUUUCCAGUUGGCCCUCGCCAGUUUCCUCUUGAGCCACAGUUUCCACCCUCAAAGUAGACUUUCGGCUCAGAUUUGGACGUUUGUAUGUAAGGAAACUAGAAACCACACUUGAUUAAAAACAAGAAGUUAUGUAUAUGUAUUGUUGGAAGAAUGUUAUAUUCUGCUUUCAAGUAAAAUAAAUAUAUAUAUUGAUAUGUAUAAAUGAAUAAAUGCCACAUUUUCUA